GUUGUUGAAAGUUCGAUAUCAGCUUAGAUUCACGCCACGAAAGCGAGUGUUACAAGUAACAAGAAGGAUUCUCUCCUUGACAAAUGACGAGAUGGCUGAAGGCCUAUGGACGUCCACGUCAGAAGGUAAUGAUCAUCGCGGGGCUAGGUCACGUGAUGUGCCAUCCCGCCAAGGGCAACCAUCCGAGGGAUGGCAGGACGCCUUGGGAUGGCAGCCAUCCCCAACAUCACAACUAUCCCAGGGAUGGCAGGGAAGUAAGGGAUGGCAGGACCAAAGGCAACGGAUAUAAGAAUGGG